GGGGGAAUGGCAAGAGAAAAAUAUUGAGAUGAUCCGUGGGCGUCUUGACGUGAGGCCAGGACAAGCAUCGUUCUCGUUUCAGCACGUGUGAUGUGUAAAAUGGGCGAAAUAGCGGCAUACUCUCCGGUAUGUAUGUGUUCGGUUUAAAGUUAAACCGUGCUACGAUGCUAGUCGACGGGCUGAUGAAGCCGGACUGAGUCGACUGACAGCCGGAAGAAGAAAAGAAAAGGAGAAUCUGCGAAAAGACAAUUUCUAGGACGCGAUAACUCGUAAGGGCAUGAUUAUGACAUCGGUUCGGAAGAACUUUGAAUCUUUCAGAAUCCCUGAAUUUGAAUUUUGAUGAAUACCAGUUUGAUCGGUUGCCACAUAUGAUACCGGUUGAUCACUUGAUUGGUCAUUAGUUUUUUCAGGUAUCAUGCCGUUUUUCUCUUCUCUGUAGCGUAUGGUUGCCGCUACUCUGCGCCUCCCUCUGCUUUUGCGAAAAUAGUCGCCUAAUCAGUAGCCUUCACCUUCGUUACUCUCUCCUUGUCGGCGCUCUCCCUGCUUACACGAAAACUCCCUCCCCUUCUGUCAACCGAACCCUAGGCUCUUGCUCUUCACGGACGAUUCUCUUUUCUUCAUAAUGGAGCGAUUGUGGACCAGUGGCGGGACCGAACAGAACAAAGCAUUGGUAGAGCAGUUGCAGCACUAUGGAGUAAUUAGAUCAACCAAGGUAGCCGAAGUGAUGGAGAAAAUUGAUAGGGGAUCAUUUGUACCUGAUGGGAACCCUCCUUAUGUCGACAGCCCCAUGCAGAUCGGUUACAACGCCACUAUAUCUGCUCCCCAUAUGCAUGCUACAUGCCUUGAACUCUUGAAGGAGAAUUUGCAGCCGGGCAUGCAUGUAUUAGAUGUUGGUUCAGGGACGGGCUAUUUGACAGCAUGUUUUGCAUUGAUGGUUGGACCACAAGGUCGUGUAGUUGGUAUAGAACACAUUCCUGAGUUGGGAGCAUCUUCCAUUGAGAACAUCCAAAAGACCCCAGCAGCUUCAUUGUUGAAAGAGGGUUCACUCUCUAUACAUGUGGGAGAUGGGAGGCUAGGUUGGCCAGAGUCUUCACCCUAUGAUGCUAUCCAUGUCGGAGCGGCAGCAACAGAAAUACCCCAACCACUUAUAGACCAGCUAAAGCCUGGAGGCAGAAUGGUAAUUCCUGUUGGGAACAUUUUCCAGGAUUUGGAGGUAGUAGACAAGAAUCUGGAUGGUUCCAUUAGCAUCCAUAGUGAAACUUCUGUCCGUUAUGUUCCACUGACAAGUCGGGAUGCCCAGUUACGAGGUUAUUGAUGGAGGCAACUUAUUUGUUACAUGGUGACAUGCAGUUCUAAAUGAUGUCUUCUUAUGGUGACUUCAGUAUUGCUGAGAUUUCAGUAGCCUUUGUAUAGUUAAGGAUGUCUUAAACUGGAACCAUUUCUUACCUUGGAGAAUUGGUAUGCAUGUUCUCCUUGUGCUUAUCCUGUUUAACUUCUCUUGGCAAAAAGGAAGACAUUCCUAUAUGCAUCUAUUUGGGCAAUUGGGCCCAGAGGCCCAAAAAUACUGUGUAAGUUCAUUGAUUGUAAUUUCCUAUAUUCACCAUCUCCUGUGCAGUGUUGAAAAUCAUCACUGAAGUCUUUGUAAUUUAAGACAGUUUAAAACUUUGACCA